AUGACUCGAACUCUUUCUGCGCCAUCCUGGGACAAGCCUGAGCCAAAUCUCGUGAGCAUGCCAACCGAGAUCCUCAAAGAAAUCAUUCAGUACACUAUUCCGCACGUCUUCACAAUCAACGCAACAUAUUGCAACAACACGUGGGAGCAAUAUGGCCCAUUCAAAUGGAGUCCAUCGUUCCUCCCCGGCCUCCUCCUCGUCUCUAAGCGGAUUGGUCGUGUUGCACGGAAGAUCCUUUUUGAACGGGUCAAGUUCUGUAUCUGGGUUCAUUUGACAUGGUUUAACUGCCUCUUGGAUGCUUCACAUGCGAAAGUACCGGCUGAUGUUGGGAUCAAGGUCCGAGAGCAUUUCGAGACGGUGUUCGCGAGGAAUGGAUAG